GUGGACACCCUGUUGUUGGAGGCUAACGAAAGGUUGCAAAGUCACCUCUCUGAGCGUAUGGCUGCACUGCAGCAGAAGCGUGAAAUGGUGACGGAAAUGGAACGCCUGAAGUUUGCUCUGGACGAAGCCCUCAGUGAUCGCGACCUUCUUGUGAAGGAUUCCAACCACCUGCGCAGAAAAUUGGCGGAGCUGACUAGUGGCUACAGCACGAAGGAUGCUAAGCUUGCUAAACCUUCAGAAAACCUGGGCAACUUAGACACAAUGGAUUCUCUCUUGGCUGUUGAUCCCUCAGGGCGACUCAUCUGUGAUCGCCCGCUGAACACUACUGCAGCCUCAGUUAUGUAUGCAGUGAGCCCCACGGUAAUCAGCUCCGCCCUUCAGCCAAUGAAUCGAAAUUCCGCCAUUCCCGAUGACUCCUUUUGCGUUGAACAGGUAAGUCCUUCUAGAAUCAGGAAAGCAUGUUUGAAUAAGUUAUUUUCCCUGCUUAUUGUAGACUGCCAGGCCUAG